ACAAGGUGUUUUCGUUGCGUCGAGCACCACAAAUCCCUGUUCAAUUAUCUAUUUGCAGAUUCAGUUCGAAAUUUCCUGGAAAGUGGACCUAAACCCUCAAGAGAAGAAAUGGCUGUAACACAAAAUAAAGAUGGAAAUGUCACUAUAAGAAUUAUGGCCAAACCAGGUGCCAAACAGAAUGCCAUAACAGAUAUUUCAGAGGAAGGCAUUUGCGUCCAGAUUGCAGCUCCACCCGUUGAUGGGGAAGCAAAUGUGGAGUUAACCAAAUACAUUGCUAAAUUACUUCAGAUUAGGAAGUCUGAUGUCUCACUGGACAAGGGAGCUAAGUCAAGGAACAAAAGUCUGACCCUCUCAGCUUCUUCAGCUCUCACUAAAGCUGAAGUACUAGCCACUCUCCUUAAAGCAAAGGAGGACAAAUGAUGGAGAGCUGGUAAUGACUAUUAUUUAUCCAAACUCCAUGCUAUUCAAGCUGUGUGAAGAUGCAGCUGGUGUAUAGGGCCGUGCAGCACUGAUAGAGGAUUACGUCUCCAGAAGUCCAAGUGCAGCUUACAAUGCUACCUCAGACAUGGUGGUUAUAGAGGGGAGUCAAUUCACUAAUGCUUGGCACUAAAUGAAUGCCGCAUGACCUGUCAAAUGGAAGUUAUUCGGACUAUGUCUAUGACUUUGUCUGAAGAUUUUUAUUUUGGAAGUUCAAGUUAAGUUUGUUUUUUGUUUUAACCAGACUACACAUGCAUCUCGGUGCAGUUUACGUUAAGUGACAAUAUGCUUGGAAAGUUUUUGGUCCUGAUACACACUGGGUGUAGCCCAGCUGUCGUUUGAGAUGCAAAAAUGCCUGCAAAUGAACAAUAUUUUUCACAGCCAGAACAGGAACAUCAUCCCUACUUCAAUGCCUUAUUGCUCAGUGCCAAGUAGGGAGACAGCAGGUACCUUUUAUGAAGGACUGCUACGUCCUUGGAUGGGUUGAACCCAUAUCUUUGCUCUAAAAAAUGAACACUGACCACAAGGCCAUCAUGUUGGUUUCUGAGGAUGGAUGUCUUCUUUCUUUAAGCCUUGGGAUGCAUGGAACUGAUAAAAGUGUGCAGCCUUUUUAUUUCCAUAAGUUAAAAAGAAAACCAAAGUUGCAUAAAUUCAACGUCCAACAGAUGUAUUUAGUAUUUUUAUUUACAGAGUAGCAGAUUCAGAUUCACUCAGGGAAGUUUCACAGGUAUGCAGGGUUGAUUUUGAUUCUUUUAUUCAAGCUGCUGUAACCAAAUCACUUACACAGUAAAGUAAUAGUAAUAAUUGGUAACUUAUAUUUGGCCCUUUCAGGAAAGAUAACAAAUGUUAAAAUGUUUUACCAGCUUUUCUAGAUAUUACAACCAAAGGUGAUUUAACUUACUAUCAGGUUGAACUUAAGGUGUAAUUGAUGCUUGAUAUAGCAUGUGGUUUAAUUUCUGAAUAUUGUAUAAAAACAAAAUCUCAUACUUUAAUGUGAAAUCAAGUGAGAUUCUUCGGAUUUGGAUAUGGUGGGUUUUAUAUAAUAAAAGACUAAUAAGUGAGGUGAGGUGAGGUUAGAGGUAAAUAUUGACAGAAUUUUUCCAAAUACUUUUCUUGUCAUUUUAUCUAGUUUUGCGAGUCUUUUGCACUACAGUACAUGUGAUAUUGCCCAUGUUUUGCAUGUUACUUUUGUAUUGCUUCCCAAGACAACAUGCCUGUGCAUGUAAUUUCAUUAUUAUUGCUAAAAGGUUAACCCCACCUCAUGCAGAUUCUUGCACGUUUUCAAGUCUUGUAUGACAUCAUGCAAUGCAGAUAGUCGAUAUCUUGGACGAUUUCCAUUGGACCACUUCCACUGGAGUUAAUUACUGCCACUUUUUUGGUUUAAAUAUAGAAUAUCCAGUUCACCAAAAUAAAGCAUGCUAGCAAAUGUGUAAAUUGCUGGCUGACAUCUAUUUACAUUAGUUUACAACAUGCUGAUGUACUUCUGGAACAAAAGGGAAAAUAAAAGGCUUUAUGCAGUAAA